AUGUCUAAAAAAGCCGUUAAAAAAAUAAAAAAAGUUGGUUCUCAUGAAGAUUCCGAGCAAAUUUAUGGCGAAGAAAUACGAUGUCGAAGCGAUUUUAAUUAUGAAACCGCUUAUAAAACGAAAAAUGAAGAUGUCGAAGGAAUGCCAAAAAAUUUUUUAUCCUCAACUGUUAUUGAAAAUUCACCGCGAACUUGUUUUGCUUUAACGUUUAAAAAUAUAAGUGAAAGUACGAUUGUUGAACAUUCAACACUCAGAAAUUUUGCGAGGGAAACUGAGACUGGUUUAGUCAAAAGUAAUUUGCAAAAAGAGAACAUCGAAUUUGCUAUACCAGAGAUUCCUUUGUCGAAAAUGCCUAAUUUGGCUCGAAUUGGUGACACAGGAUUCAAUUCAACAAAGGAUGUCCGUUUGACCCAUUUUAAUAUUGAGGAUCAAAGUGGAGUUGAAUUUAAUGAUUUAUCACAUGAUUCGUGGAAAAAUCCACAUAUCUCCAAUUCUUCACUGCAUCAUGAAAUCAAGAAUUCUACAAGUAAUGAGUUACAUCAAGUUUCCCCAGGUACUGGAGCGACUAUCAAUGAGCAAAAUGAAAAGAGUGAAAGAAAACCAGUUAAAGGGAUAGAUGCGUAUAAAGAAGCACAGAAAUUUCUUGCAAUAACAAUACCUGCUGCUUCAAAGUUUAAAAAGGAUUAUGAACAGAAUGAUAGCGAUUCUAUCGCAGCAAUCAGCUAAACUCUAGGAAAUGAGAAUCUAGGUGACGAAAAAGGACAAAUUGUAGCUUUGAAAUCUUGGAUUAAUUUCAUUUUAAAUGAAAAUCAUGUUUAUGGAAGUUUUCCAAGCGACCUAAGGAAAGCUAAGAUAGAAGCUGAUAGUCACUUGCGUAAAAUGCUUCAUGUGGCAAGUAAUAUGGAAUCUACUUCGAAUAGAUCAAUUUUGAAAAAUUCUGAUAAGUUUAAACAUUUCAUGAUUGAGAGACAUAGAAAUGAAAUUAGAAUUCAGAUUCGAUCAAUCUAUUUAGAAUCUAAAAUACCGCAACAGAUUGUGUCGCUUGUUGAAAAUAACAAAUUGAUUAUCCGACUCGAUAAGCGAGUUCACUCAGAUAUUGGGUUGCAGACUGAAUUGCUUAAGUUGUUCUUCAGUUUUAACACAUUCUGGCUUCGACUAGGGCUCGAAACAAUUUUCACUGAAGAUUUACCUUCAGAUAAAUCUGACACACUCGCAUCGUUUAUUUUUCACAGGCUUUUCCAAGAUCCAUCCCUUAUGGGAAAUCAAAAGUAUGUUCAAGGACGAAAUAGAACAGUGAUCACUGAAAGUGGUUCAAAAAUGUUGCUACAACAUUUUUUAACGAAACUGUGCCAGUUUCUUUAUAUUGUUGGUGUUGCUAGAUCAGUGUUUUUUGAAAUGAAAAUAAUACCAUGUCUUUUCAAGCGUGAAUCAUCAUAUAAAAGCUUAUCUGAUGUUUGUGCUGCUAUAAGUCGCUUGUUGAUUUCGGGAUCAUGUAAUCUACCGAAAAUACUUUCAAGAAUUGGAUUAGAUCUGGAUUAUAGACAAGGAUUUUUUGAAGAAUAUUGCUUUGUAGUGAAUAGUUUGCCAUCUGAUUUGUCUGAUGGAAUCAUACUUGGGAAAGUAAUAGAAAUAAUUUUCGGCAUGAAGCACAACGAAAUUAUCAGUUGUCUUCGAAAUCCAUGCGGAGAUCGCAUUCGUAAAAUAAAUAAUGUUAAUAUAGAAAAAGAUUGUUGCAUCGAUUCAGUUUCACGAAGAAUUUCUCUUUAUUCAUCUUUAGCAAAAAAUCCUAUUUCCUUUGAAAGAUUUGACUUGACAAAGGCAAAAAACUUACCGGAACAUAUUUCUGAGUAUGAGCAGUUGUUUAAAUUAUAUAAAUUGAUCGCUGAACGCUUUGGUUUCGAAAUUCAUUGUUUCGACCACCUAACUGAUGGAAGGCUUUUUCGGGCUAUUUGGCAAGAAUAUGGUCCAUAUAAAAGUGAAAUGAAUGAAUAUCAGGAAAGUACAAUGAUGGAACAAAUAGCACAUGCAGCAGAAGAAGAAUUUGGAAUUCCAGCCAGUAUUUUGCUAUCUGAAGGAAUGGUUAAUGUGGCGGCACUUCCUGUUUUUGCUCAUAUUUUCCUUAUACGAAUUUUUGAGUAUAAUCAAAUAACCAUUGCUGCUACAAAAAUUCAGAAAGCAUAUCGUGUUUACAAGCAGCGCAAAAUUUCCGGAAAAACUCAUCAGCAAAGUAUUUCGCUGGAUGAAAAAUGCAGUCGCGCAGCCACAAUUAUACAGGUUUAUUACGUGACUUUUUUUUAUUGGAAAGCAGUCCCCAAUUCUGGCCCUUCAGUUGAACCGGACGAAUUUUGGCAAGAAGUGGCAGUAGAGGGCGGGGCAGCAUAUUUUCGCUCAUGGGUGGCACAUCGUAGAAAAGCUGCGACUGUCAUUCAGGCAAAUUUUCGUUCAUGGUUGGCGCGUCGAGACUUUCAUGCCAUUCAGAAAAAGCGUAUAAAAGCUGCGAUUAUCAUUCAAGUACAUUUCCGUUCAUGGUUGGCUCGUCGGGACUUUCAUAUAAUAAAAGAAAAGCGUAUAAAAGCUGCGAUCGUCAUUCAGGCAUAUUUUCGUUCAUGGUUGGUGCGUCGGCAUUUUCAUGUCAUGCAAGAAGUACGUGUGAAAGCUGCGAUUAUCAUUCAGAAACAAUUCCGUUCAUGGUUAGCUCAUCGAGCCUUUCAUGAUAUGCAGGAAAAACUUAGAAAGGCUGCGACUACCAUUCAGUGCUUUGUCAUGGGUAAUUGCCCAGUGAAUCAAAGAUUUUCAAAGAAUUUUGUUGUUUUGUGGUAUAUUUCAUUUGAUAUUGCAUUAAAAGCUUCAGCAAUGGAAAAAAAUACUGUAGAUUCUUCUCACAUGGCUAGGACUCUUCUUCAGAAACAGUCUGCUCUUGUUCAUCGCAAUGUUCGAUUCUUUCGUGGAUGGUUUGUACGAAGAAAUUUCGUUCAUUUUAGGGAAAACAAAAUAACGUUGAAAGAACAUGCAUUUACACCGAAUAAGGAUAUUUUUGAUGAGAAAGACUUGAAUGAGUUGAUGAAUCUGUGGAUUCGAUAUCAAAUGCUGUGUCUGCAACGGAUCGAUGCGAUAUCAAGUUUUCGUCGAUAUUUUGGAUACAACUUGUGA